AAGGACGCCGGCUCUGAAACGGUGGCGGGCAGCCGGCAGCGAGACGGAGACACGCCGCAGGGAAGAUGCGCGUCGACCUGGGAGUGUGUUCGGCCCUGGAGGCCGUUCGGCUCGUGGCGUGCGCAUGCGCAGAGGCGGCGCCGCUGGUGAUGGCCUGCGUGAAGCCGCUGUGCGCCCUGGUCGGCCUGUGGUUCUUCGUGCGCUACCUCGUCCUCAACAUCGACUGGACCAAGGACCUGUGCGACGUGGGCUACCAGUACGCGUGCGAGGGCGCGCGGGGGCGGCGGCGGGGGCGGCGCGACGCCGUGCGGGACGUGCGGAGGCAGCGCAAGCUGGGCCGCCUGCCGCCCGUCUACCCCAACGGCUGGUUCGCCGUCCUCGAGGGCGACCGCCUGCGCCCCGGCCAGGUGCAGCACGUCUCCGCGCUGGGGGAGAACCUGGCGGUGUUCCGCGCGGCGGACGGCGGCGGCCGCGUGCACGUGCUGGACGCCUACUGCCCGCACCUGGGCGCCAACAUGGCCGUGGGCGGCGCGGUGCGCGGCUCCUGCCUCGAGUGCCCCUUCCACGGCUGGCGCUUCCGCGGCGACGACGGCCGCUGCGCCUCCAUCCCCUACACCGACAAGGUUCCAGAGAUCGCCAAGGUGCGCCGCUGGGAGAGCUGCGAGGUGAACGGGCUGGUGUUCGUGUGGUACCACGCGGAGGGCGAGCCGCCCAGCUGGCGGCCCGAGCAGCUGCCGCAGCUGGCGGACGGCAGCUGGCGCUACCGCGGCCGCUCAGAGUUCCUCAUCAACGCCCACAUCGAGGAGAUCCCGGAGAACGGCGGCGACAUCGCGCACCUGAACGCCAUCCACGGCCCGUCGCUGCUGGCGGGCUCCGACCUGCGCACGUACGAGCGCCUCUGGCUGUCGUUCGCGCGCCACGUGUGGGCCGCCGACUGGGCAGCCAACACGCAGCCCGGCCGCACCCACACCGCCACCAUGAACGUCCGCCACGAGCUGCGCCUCUUCGGCAAGAUCCCCGUCGUCUCCAUGAAGGUGCAGGCCAACCAGAUCGGACCUGGCUAUGUUGUGAUGAACAUGGAGACGUCAAUGGGUUCGAUGGUAAUUCUGCAGUGUGUGACGCCACUUGAACCGCUGCUUCAGAAGGUCAUUCACCGCAUAUUCUGUCCUCCUCACAUGUUUAUCUAUGCCAACAUUGCUCUAAUUGGAGAAGCCAUAAUGUUUGAGCGUGAUAUCAUGGUAUGGAACCACAAGAAAUAUGAAGAUAAGCCACUACUGGUGAAAGAAGAUCGCGCAAUUUCGAAACACAGGCGCUGGUACAGCCAGUUCUAUUCUGAAAACAGCCCACAAUUUUCGUUUGUAAGAGAAAACAUGGAAUGGUGAAAACGUCCCGAAAACAGCUUUGGAUACAGCGAUUACAUUACAGCAAUAUGUAAUGCUCAUGAAGAUAAGCACAGCUAAUAUCUUAGUUCUGUACAUUUCAUCAAAUUAUUAUGUUUUGUCAACGCUCUAGUUGUUCACGUGAAAGGAUGCAAUUAAGGAAGUAGAUUUACGAUUUGCUAUCGUAAUGACGAGUAAAGGCUGGAGAGACAUCAGAGUUAGUUUUGUGAUUCCAUCGUCACUACAAUCACUGCGACGCUGACGCGUAGUAAAGUGAAGUGGUAUUUGUGUGUAAACAAAAAGGCUGAGAACAGUGAUCUGAACGUGUGUGACUGAAACUUGAAAAGAACACAGGUGUUUCAUUAUCAUAUUUUGGGAAAUCGUUUUAGGAGACAAGUUGGUCAACUCUUUAGACUAGUUCCCACUUCGAUCAACGAGUUACUGAAUGUAGGAGUGAAUGUACAACUCUGUGCACUGGAAUAUAGAGAGUUUAGUUUUAUGCAAUUGCUAGACAAAACAAUCGGAGUCACUGAAAAUUUUUGUGUGAAAUUAUGUACAAAACAAAAAUUCUGUUCUCAAAUGCGCGCGCGCUUGUGUGUGUGUGUGUGUGUGUGUGUGUGUGUGUGUGUGUGUGUGUGUGUGUGUGUGUGUGCAUUUUAGCUGCAUAAGCUGUCUGUGUUAAUUUUAACUAGAUUGAAAAUGAGUUAACAAUCCAGAGACAUAUUAAGUGCUAAGCAGAUGUAUAUGGAUCAUUUAUAAAUUGCUCAUUUCUUAUUUAGGUAAUAAUUAUAAUAAUCCUUCACUAGGGAAUUGGUGGAUUGUUAAUGUACAUCUUAACUGGUUCUGGUGAAGACUCGAGUGAAAAUAAAUUUCCUCACGUCUGUCCUCUAUAGUUAGCUUCCGAUCCUUACAGAUUUUAGAUACAGAUAUAGUGUCUAUUGCAUUACAGUAAUAGCAUCCAGUGAAUAUGUAUGCACUUAGCUCACUAGUAAUGUAUACAGUAUGUUUUAUACUUCAGAAUAUAAAUAUUUGUAGCCUUUAAGAGAUCUCAAGUGGAUUUCGUAUAUUCUCUACUAGUUUCCGCAAAAUGAAGCUUCUUGUUAAAGCUUUUCCAGAUUUAAACAUUUACAAUGUUAUAAUUUAACAGUAUUCUUAAGAUUUGACGUAUUGUCUUACAUGUUCCUCUCGUGUACAAUGACGAUGUAAAAUUGACAAAACUAUCACUUAUAAAAGUGCCUUUUGCCGAAAUUAGCAAGAAUGACAGCAUAAUUGCUGAUUUUAA